AUGGCAGCUCAAAGUUCACAAUUUCAAGAGGAGGCUAGAAGUAAUCUGAGAAACACUGGCGCUUCAAUAAAAAAUCUGGAAGUGCAAAUGAGUCAGAUUGCUCAACAACUCGCGGGUUCGCAAACACCAGGUGCAUUAUCGAGUGCUACAGUUACAAAUCCACGAGAGCAUAAUAAUGUGAGUGCGGUAACCACAAGGAGUGGUAAAGCAAAAGAAGUCCCUGAAAAAGAUGAUGACCAAGAAGACCAAUUGCUUGAAGUUGAUUUGGAGAUAAAAGAAAAUGAGGUUGUUAGUGAAGAGGUGACGAUACCUAAACUAGUGGUUAAAGAAAAAGUUAGUAAAUCAAAGCUGGUUGUCAAACUCCCUUUCCCCACAAGAAAUAAGAAGAAAGAGCAACACGAGAAAAACUUCGAGAAAUUCUUGGAGAUGUUCAAAAAGCUUGAGACUAACAUUCCGUUCUUGGAGGCACUUGAGCAAAUGCCCUCUUAUGCUAAAUUCAUGAAGGAUAUUAUUUCAAAAAGGAGGAGCACUGAAACUGACUCUAUUGUACUAACCGAAACUUGUAGUGCUGUUUUGCAAGACUUUGUGAUCUUAGAAAUGCCAGAAGAUGAAGAGAUACCGCUCAUUCUUGGUAGACCCUUUUUAGAGACCGGGAGAUGUUUGAUAGAUAUAGAAGAGGGCACCAUGACUCUAAAAGUUUAUGACGAAGAGUUAAAAAUUGAUGUGCGUAACACCAUGAAAUACAAAGAUGAUAUGGCCACCAGUCAACACAUAGAGGACUCUAAGCCAAGACUGUUGCGAUGGAUCCUACUCCUCAAAGAGUUUGAUUUGGAAAUUCGUGACAAAAGAGGAUGCGAAAAUACUGUGGCAGAUCACCUCUCCCGGAUGUCCCCCAUAGAGGAGAAUGAGGAAAAGCGUCCAAUAAAGGAUGAGUUUGCUGACGAACACAUCCUUGUUGUUAUUGGAAUGCCUUGGUUUUACUUAUGGGAUGACCCAUUCUUGUACAAGAAAGGAGUAGACGGGUUGGUCAGAAGAUGUGUUCCCGAAGAAGAACAGAGGGAUGUUCUGAAAGCUUGUCAUGAUUCUGACUAUGGUGGACACUUUAGUGGUGAUAGAACCGCUGCCAAAGUCCUCCAGUCAGGCUUAUACUGGCCGACACUUUUCAAAGAUGCUCAACAAAUAGCCACUCAGUACCACCCGCAAACAAGUGAUCAAGUUGAAGUGUCAAAUAGGCAGCCGAAACAAAUCCUAGAGAAGACGGUUAAUGCUUCUCGCAAGGAUUGGGCGAGUAAGCUUGAUGAUGCGCUUUGGGCAUAUCGAACGGAUUUCAAAACACUGAUUGGUAUGUCCCCGUGUGAACAGUGUUUGCUAGAGGAGUUAAAGAUAGCGGUUGCAAAAAGUCUCUGA